AUGAACGGAAAAGGUGCCAGCGUUGCGCUGGGCGUAGUGAAGAGCACAUCAAUAUGUCGAGCAAUUCAGCAACGCAUGUUUUCGGCCUCCUUAAAGCGCCAAAAAACAGCUGUUAUCCCCGUCUUCGAAAAGACUUCCUCCUCCGAACUCGACGAUGCCCUUGCUCUCGUGCGCGAAAAAGUUAUUGUACCCGCAUAUCUAUCCGCCUCUCAAAGGAACAUGAUAUACCGACCACGAUACAAGAAGCUCCUUGAAAACGAAACUAUGGUCGCAAAUAUUGCUGGAGAGAGGAUUCGCCUGACCCAUGUUGAUUCUAUGACAGAGUUACCGAAUACUAGAACUACAUUCCACAAACUGUUAUCGCUCAUGGUGGAAAAGGGAGACUUUAAUAAUAUGCCAAAAUUGCUCGAGGGACUUCAUAAGGCCAACUCUGCUAUUAUGCAAGAUAGGAAGGCCCUCAGAAGUCUCAUUGGAUCGAUUCGGAGGGCCGACCGACUAGACAUCUUGAUUGAAUGUCUUAGGCGUAGUUCAGACACGGGCUUGACACUCAGGACUCCCGAGUUAGCGGAACAAGCUAUGCGAGUGACAUAUCUCAAAGCCUUUUACGCUGAAUGGGAUGUCAACCAUACAAAGAAGGCCCUGCACUUGGCGGAAAUGCUGCUGGACUUAAUGGAGGACCCGAAGCAUUCAUAUACGAGGGCAAUUCGUGGUGGCACCAAUGAUCCUCGAGCUUCACCGGACAUUAUUGCCAUACCUCUUAUUCUGGCUGCAACGAGAGCUUCUAAACAUCUUGAUGGCAAGGAUGAGGAGGGUAAAGUAGAACAAUACGCGGAGAGACUGCUGGCGAAUUGGAUCAAUAUCAAACCCGCACGACCUGGAGCAACAACUCUCCAAAUGCUAGCGCGUAAAAAUAGGUGGCUCGCCGAUACGAUGUACAUUCUUCAUAGCACAACAGCUGCUCUGUCUGUCUUGAACUCAAGUUCGGAUAUUGCGAUAAGAUUGAAGGAGAACUCGUUAAAACUGAAGGAAGAGGCCAAAUCGGUGGAUAUGGAAAUCGGCAGUUCAGACUGGGGGAAGGAGAUGUUGCGUCAAGGGCCUAGGAUGUACCAAACGGUAUAUAGUACCGAGGCGUCAUGA